AUAAAAAAUAAAAAGAAAUACAAAUAAUAAUAAUGGACCUGAGAGUCCAAAAGGAAUUCCCUGUUUUAAAAUCUUAUCUGGCAAACCAACCAGUCCCAAGUCCCAACCAUCGUCUCAUUCAAAAAUCUAAAAUAAGGUCCAAUUACCUUCGGGUUGGUUUCCAAGCCCAAAUUCCUCUCUCUCUCUCUCUCUCUCUGUUCUGCAAAACCCUAGAUCUCGCUCCGUCAAGCCCUGAAGCUCGGUUUCCGGGCUUCCGAUUCCAGCGCCGUCCAUCGGCGUCUUCAAUCGUUUCUUUUCCACUGUCACAGCUGGUGCGAGACAGGAUGGUUGCUACCCUUGAAGAAGACAAAGUGGCUCCUGAUAUGAAAAAGGGUUCAGUUGGUACCGAUGCUCAACCUAACAAUGAUAUAGCAAAGUCUGAAACGGUGGUAGACUGUAGUAUGGAGAUGUCUGAGUCUGAGGCCAACAGAGAUCUGUCCAAUUUGGAAACACUUCCUAACAAGGAAGUUUCUGCUUCUGAAGCACUGGCUCCCAUUGGUGAAGCAGCAGCAUUACCCAACCAAAAUUUGAGCAACUCCCAAGAACCUGCGAACAACCAUUCAGAGAAUUUUGAAUCCCUAACCAGCAACCAGCUGGACAACGCUAAUGCCUCUCAGAACAGUCAGCCAGGUAAUUCUGAAGCACCAUCUGACGGUCAAUUGGUUAGUUCUGAAGUUCCUCUUGAUGGGAAGGCUUCUCAGCCCAGCAACCAGUUGGUGAAUUCUGAGGCACUGCCAAACCAUAACGUGGGUAAUUCUGAAAUACAGACUUGUAAUGACAUUGUUGUAUCUGAAAUACAGCACAGCAAUGAGGUGCUUAAUUCUGCAACAGCGCAAUGCAACGAGGUGAUUAUGUCUGAAACACAGGAAAGCAAUGAGGUGGUCAUGUUUGAGACACAUUCCAGCUAUGAGGCCGACAUGCCUAAAACUCAGACAUGCAAUGAUGCAGUCAUGUCUGAAGCUCUGGCUGAAAAUGAGUUGUGCAAUCCCACUAUAGAUCCCAACAAUCAGCUCUCCAAUUCUGAAACUGUUCAUGUUAAUCAGUUCAGACAUAUCCAUAUGAUUCCUGAAGAUCAGCUGCCUCAACCUGAAUCGCUGCCUCAUUCAGAAGCGGUACCCACUUCUGAAUCACUGGCAGAUACCCAUCUCACAGACAUCAAAUUAAUAUCUCAUAGUCAUCUGACCCAUUAUGAAACACUGCCCAACAAUCAUCUGAACCAUUCUGAGGCACUAUCCCACAAUCAGCUAUCUAACUCUGAAGCACUGUCUCAUGAUCAGCUAGCCAAUUCCCAAAUGAUGUCUAUGUCUCAUUAUGAGCUGGAAAAUAGUGAAACAAUGCACAACAAUCAGAUAGUCAAUUCUCAAGCACACUAUGAACUAGCAAUUUCUCAUGCAAUACCCAGCUAUGAAAUAAUAAAUGCUCAGACACUGCUGAACAAUGAUGAACAUAUCCCUGAAACACAGCCAAGUAAGCGGAGAAAAAAAAAGUCUAUAGUCUGGGAAUACUUCACGAUAGAAACAGUUAGUCCUGGAUGUAGGAGAGCACGCUGCAAGCAAUGCGAUCAAACUUUUGCCUAUAGUACAGGUUCAAAAGUUGCUGGCACCAGUCAUCUCAAACGCCACAUUGCAAAGGGGACCUGCUCAGCUCUUCUACGCAGCCAUGAGCAUAAUCAAUUUUCCCUAUAUACUUCACGAUCUAGGGGAAGUGGGGCUGGCAAUGUUAGCGAUGCACCUAAACGACGAUAUAGAUCCCCUAGCACACCUUUCAUCAUUUUUGAUCAAGAUCAAUGCCGCCAUGAGAUUGCUAGGAUGAUCAUUAUGCAUGAUUACCCCCUUCACAUGGUUGAGCAUCCAGGAUUUGUUGCAUUUGUCCAAAAUCUGCAGCCCCAAUUCAAAAUGGUGACCUUUAACACUGUCCAAGGAGAUUGUGUGGCAACUUACCUGAUGGAAAAGCAAAGUCUUUUGAAGUAUGUAGAGGGAUUACCUGGACGAGUUUGUUUGACACUGGACAUCUGGACAUCAAGUCAAUCUUUAGGUUACAUAUAUAUUACAGGACAUUUUGUUGAUCAUGAUUGGAAGUUGCAGAGGAGAAUUCUCAAUGUUGUAAUGGAACCAUACCCUGAUUCGGAUUCUGCAAUCAGCCAUGCUGUAGCUGUUUGCCUUUCUGAUUGGGGGUUGGAGGGUAGGCUGUUUUCUGUCACUUGUAAUCUGGCAUUGAGUAAUGUUUCCCUUGAAAAUCUAAGACCUUUACUCUCUGUAAAGAAUCCACUUAUCCUCAAUGGUCAGUUUCUAGUUGGUAAUUGCAUUGCCCGUACAUUAAGCAGUGUUGCAAAUGAUUUGUUGGGUUCGGCACAAGACUUGAUCAAUAAAAUCCGCGAUAAUGUAAAAUAUGUGAAGACUUCAGAAUCACACGAGGACAAAUUCCUGGAGCUGAAGCAGCAGCUUCAGGUUCCCAGUGAAAGGAACCUUUCUAUUGAUGACCAAAUUCAAUGGAAUACAACUUAUCAAAUGCUCUUGGCAGCUUCUGAUCUAAAGGAAGUGUUUUCUUGUUUGGACACUUCCGAUCCUGAUUACAAGGGAGCCCCGUCUAUGCAAGAUUGGAAGUUGGUUGGGACCCUCUGUACCUACUUAAAGCCCCUUUAUGAUGCAGCAAGCAUCCUUACCACAACAACUCAUCCUACUGUUAUUACCUUCUUUCAUGAAGUUUGGAAACUGCAGUUAGAUCUAGCUCGUGCAGUUGCAAGUGAAGACCCCUUCAUUAGCAACCUUAACAAAAUUACCCAUGAAAAAAUGGAUAAGUACUGGAGUGAUUGUAGCCUGGUUUUGGCACUUGCAGUAGUUAUGGAUCCCCGCUUCAAGAUGAAGCUUGUUGAAUUCAGUUUCACAAAAAUCUACGGUGAGGAUGCUCAUUUGUAUAUCAAGACCGUUGACGAUGGAAUUCAUGAGCUGUUUCAUGAGUAUGUGGCCCUUCCCCUGCCACUAACACCAGCAUAUGCCGAAGAUGGAAGUGCUGGAAACCGUGGUAAGAUGGAGGAAUCCCCAGGAGGCACUGUGUUGUCAGAUAAUGGUCUUACAGAUUUUGAUGCCUACAUUAUGGAGACUACUAGCCAACAGAUGAAAUCAGAGCUUGAUCAGUAUCUUGAAGAAUCACUGUUGCCACGCAUUGCAGACUUUGAUGUAUUGGGCUGGUGGAAGCUAAACAAACUCAAGUAUCCUACUCUUUCCAAGAUGGCCCGGGAUAUAUUGUCUAUUCCAGUUUCCUCUGUUGCUCCUGACUCUGUGUUUUAUUCAAAAAGCAAAGAGAUGGAUCAGUAUCGGAGUUCCUUGCUGCCGGAGACAGUGGAGGCCCUUGUAUGUGCCAAAGACUGGAUGCAGUAUGGAGUAGCCGAAGCUUCGAAUGCGCUUGUGAAAAUGGUAUUCUAGAUAUAGAUUUUUUAGGUGGUUGGACCCUGUAUUAUAGUAGGGUAUAUUGUUAGUGUUGUCAAUUUGGAUAAUUGAAGGCGAAUGUGUAGUUUACAGCGAAGCUUCACUUUUAGUCUAAAAGUCCUAGUGACUGGUCCUUUGGUUGAUACACGAUAACAAUAAUGUUAAUGACGUCAAUUCUAACAAUAAUUUCUGAAUUUCCCUGCCGUAUGAUGAAAGGUGAUGCGCGAUGCUACCUUAAUAAAGUAUAAUAACUGUACGUAAUAGAUAAAUCGAAUAGAUGUAUGCUUGCCAAGAAAUAGGGUUUAGCAUUCCUAUAAAUUUCACAAAUAAAUAAAACCAAGACAAAUUCUUAAAUCUAUAUACUUCUAUACUUCCUUUGUAAAAUAGAACCUUAAUAUAGCCACAAAAUAAAAAGGAUUUUUUUUUUCUCUCCUUCCAGAUUAGUUAGUCCAAUAUGCUCAAAACAAUAAUUUGCUGCUCGGAAUAUCAUAUCUUUACAAGAGGAACCGCUAAGGAUGAGAGGGUUACAAUACAGAUGAUAGAUGGAGCUCGAGCAACGAAUCUUCACGUGAAAGGGAAAUGUGACAAGAACGUCGGAUGAAAAAAUUGGGCGAGAUAAAAGAGAUAAUGGUCAAGUGGAGAAAAACUGAAAAAAGAAGAAAAUAUUUCACAUCCACCAAAUCCAAAUGGAUGGAGAAUUUCACAAAAGAGAAAAUGCACGUUCAUGAAGGUGGCGACAAUAGAGUGUUAGGGGAAAGCCCCCUAAUGUUAAUUUAACCUAAUUAGUAUUGGUAGAAAAUUGAUUUGGACUGGUUUUUGCACUUGUUGGAACUUAAAUUGGCUGAACAAGCAUCAACAAUUCAACAUAACCGAAAUGAAUUUAUUUUUGCACUCUAAUAUUUGUAUUAGCAAUUCUCCUGACAAUGGAAGUGUUAUGUGGCUGCAUCUUCUCUGUGGGAUCACCUAUGUAUUAUGAAUUGUUUGGUCCUAAGAUUAUGCUUUAAUGCCUUGUCAACUUAAAGGUAUUUGCAUUGAUCCUU